AUGGCUUUUUUACAAGGCGACCAAACGAACCAGGGUGCUUAUUCUCGCAAAUACAGCAUUCGACCAUUUGAUACUUUGGACACCAAUGCUUCAAUGUAUCUAAUGGACGACCGCCAGAGUGCUUUUCGCGUCAAUGAUACGGCUUCUUUGACUCCUGGAUCAUCCAGUAACGGACUUUUAAACAACAUACCGAGGCUUGGAAAGCCGACAGUCAAGAAGAUAUUCUACGCUUCGGACAUGGUAAUCGCCGCUAUAUCAACAAUAUGCUGUACUUUUUCAAUCAUCGUGGUUGCCAACGAAUCCAUCUCUUGGCGUCUUGGCACGAAGAAUAAUCAGCUCAUCAUCGUCGGUUUUCUGAUUAGCAUUAUGAAUAUGUGUCUCACCAGCGUCGCUCCAAUAUUGUUUAUUUCCCUAGAGAAUAGGUUCGGUUCUUCGACCAUUCAAAACUACGAUGCAAUCCUCCGAAAUAUGCCUCUGGCACCGGGGCUUAGUGUUCCUUGGCGGGCCGCUCUUAGUCUCAUGAUAGCACUACCUAUUGGCCUCAGUGUCUUAUACAAGACUUUUAUCGGCGGAUAUAGUGUCAUCGAGAUCAAGGGAUUGGAUUACAUAUCAAACGCAACAUUCUACGGCAUGUUUUUGCUCCCAGGCCAAGCUGGUGUUGCUUCGGGCAAUUCAUUGUUUUUCAAUGCAACCCAAGAGUUCCUGGUGGCAUCAAACGGAGGAUCAGACAACUAUGAGCCGCCUUUGCCAGCGUUUCCCGACACAUAUGGCCACAAUGUUCUCUUGCUGAACGACACAAGUACAGCCAUGCUUGAUACCCUUAAUCCCGAGUAUCUUUCCAAGGUGCAAGAGCUUCUCGCUAUCGGAGAGUCGUGGGCCGUGACCGCGCCUGUUAUUGGGACCGUCGCCACCCGUAAUGAGUCGAAAACACGCGACCCGACCGGAUUUAGCUCUGAUUUUAUAACGGCGUGUGAGCUCGCGCGAGACAAGGACGACUAUUGGACCUUCGACUCAUCGGAUUUAUACAAUCACUGGAGUUUCUUCAUGAUGGACAGGAAGUUGCUCUCGGAUCAAUCUACGCAGUACAUCGGCUUAUCCCCUAAUAGCAUCGACUUAUCAUCAGGUUCUAUAGAUUGCGAAGCUUUGCCAGACUAUGUCUAUCUCUUCAACAUCUACCGACAACCUUGCAAGGGUACAUGGUCAAUCACUCGAGGGGGCUAUCGACUGGUGAAUGCCUCAUGCGACGAGGACAUGCUGCCAUGGUCCAAACAACAGGUGAUUGCCAAUAGUAUCCUUGUACUUCCGAUACAAUACAUCUCUUCGUUUAUUGGAAUCUUAAAGACCUAUAGUGGCAGUGGUGCGAGAGGGAAUCAGUCCGUCUGGAUGAAUCCUUCAAUGUCAACCGCUGUAGCGGCAAUGAUGUGGUCGCAGAUAACAGCCAUGAAAUCUGAGGACAACCCGUUACCUUUUGAUUCUACGGCUUUCAACAUGAGUGCAUACGCCAUGACAGCAGCGAAUCGCACCCGGCUCACGCAGGAAGAAAGUGGCACGACGUACCCCGUGAGUCAAGACGACCAGUCCUUCCUCUAUACCCGACCGACAUUGCAAAAGUCGUACUGGCUUUAUCUUGUCUUUGCAUUCCAGCCUGUAUUGAUAUUUAUCAUCCUUGGAACGACGGCUACGCUGUAUUCCACACCACUGGGCAGGGGUUUCGGUCUGGUCUCGAUUUUAUCAGGUAUUGACCCUCAAAAUCUGGACAGCUUGAUCGGCGCCUCCUUCUCUGGGGUUCUGGAGAAACCAGUCAAGCUGGACAUAACUCCUAUUAAUAAUGGGCCCACCGGUUCGAUUCUGUAUCGAAUGAACCCGUCCUCUGAGCAACCGCGUCGUAAUGGAAAAUUGAUCAAGAAUCUUGUUUACCAUUGA